GUCGUCAUUCGCUUCUUUACAAUACAAACUUCAGUCAUUCUUUUCUAUUCAAACUCUUACCAAUAUGAUUCUGCCACAUGCAGCUGUCCGUUCCUUGCAGGCGCUUGCGCUGAACGCGCCCCGCGCAUCUCUCGAUUCCCCCGUCAAGUGCCCAGUGGUCCUAGACGGGCGAAUCCCGCAGAACUUCACCUUGGAGGUUUUUGACACCAGUGCCAGCCCAUUCAACCCGGGAUUCACCAAGGGCCCCGCGCCGUGGUCUGAGAUCCUCUUGUUCCCGACAGUGCCGACGCCCUCGCGAUUCGACGCCUCCAAUGCGACUGGCAACUUUAAGCCCCUCGAAGUCACCAUCAAUGAUCAGUCCCUCUUCAAUCCAAGCGGCAACAGCCCGCAGCUGGGCUGCCGCCGCGCCGGACUGCUGCUUGGAAACGGCUCCGAUGCUUCGAAUCAGGGUGUCAUGACGACGCACUGGAGCUCCAUGCAAGACUCGACCCGAAAGCUGAACCUGACGCACGAGUACCUAACGUCCUUCCACGAGACGAACGACUCGGGUGGUGCGCAAUUUGCUCUGCAGAUUGGCACACCCCUCGGCCAGAAUAGCACAGCAGGCGGGCCGUCUUCAACCGACUGGAAGAUGCUGGACAGGAAUAACAGCGUUAUCUUUUCGACUGCCCUCAAGUUUGAUGUCUGGCAAAACUGGGCGGUCACCCUCGAUGUCCCCAAAAACACAAUCCAAGUCUUCUUCUCGGAAGGAAACGAUCCGCUUAAGUCCGUCACCGAGGUCCUCCCGAACAACAACGCAGGCGGCGGCGCGUUGCAGAUCGGUUUGCUCAAAAAGCCCACCGAGACCAAGACAGUUGUAAACGAUGGAUUCCAGGAGAGCAAUCUCAACGAGGGACAAAUACUGGGUGGCAUCUUUGUCGAAAACAGCGCGGAUGGGUGCGUGUCUCUCUGAGCCUUUACAAGGGGACAAUUUCGGGCGCCAAGUCUGUGAGAAGAUGGUGGGAGAGCGUUGGGGUGGAACGCUCUGGGAAUGGGCUCGGACUGUGGGCAUCCAGAACCUAGCCUCGUCCCACAAGGUGUCUUAUUGUUGCUUUUUCCAGGUGGUCCAAACGGCUCUGCAGACCAGGAACGAACCCCCUUUCAUUCUCUUCGGCUCUCGGCAUAUGGCAAUAACGCUGUGGGGCGUAAAUAAAAGCAAAAUACUCGUUAAAAUGCUGCCCACGCCACGCUUCAUGUAGGGCUUGGCGGUGCUUAGAUGAAGAACGAAGGCCGAUUUAUUUGAUUUCAUGGGAGCAUGUUACCAAGACAUUCUGCUGCAGUUUGAUCCUUUAAGGACUGUAAUAGCGUUGGGCAGAUUCCUACCCUCCAAU